CUCACACGUGAGAAAUUAUUACCUUUCCUUUAUUAAGUUUUGGUCCACAAUAAACUAGUGCGGACCGGGUUUAUUUAAGAGUUUUACGAGUUCCGGAACGUAACUUAAAUUCUCCCGUCUCCAAUUCUCCAUACUUGCUUAUAUAUUUUGUCUGGAACAAGAACAACCGCUUAAAUCAAAAGCUCCCUUCCUCCUUUGCCAAUUGACCCGCACAAAACGCAGAAAUUCGUGGAUAAAUUAUUUAUCCAUUCAAAGUUGGCUGACAUGAAGAUGAACAACCAAGCUUCCAAAUCUCAUCUCAUGAAAAAUGAUUUUUAUAUAAUAGAUGAUCUCCUGCUGCAAAUUUUGUUCCGACUACCAUGCUCAGAAUCAGUUAUCAGGUGUAAGUGCGUCAGCAAGCAGUGGUGUAAGGUAAUAUCUGAACCUGGAUUUGAUGCUGAAUUUAUUGCUCAUAAAAUCAAUAACAGUCAAUUGUCCUCAUCGAAAAAUGAAGAACAACUUCCCUCUAUAUUUGGGCUUCGGCGAUACAAUAAAAAGCCCUUUAUUUAUCCCACCCAUCCGACCUUUACAAAUCUUGACUUUUCGCUAAGUUUUAUUCCAACUUAUGAACAAGGACCUGAAUACCGUAUCGUUGUGAAAGCAUCGUGUAGUGAUCUCGUUGUAUGCAUCAGUCCCUCACCAAAAGAUCUUUAUCUGUAUGUUUGCAAUCCUCGCACCAAGCAAUAUUUUCAACUGCCUCCACCAUCUCAAAAGAAACAUCCUGCUUUGAUUGGUUUUACUUGUGAUCCUUUUUAUGUGUUUGAUAAAGAAGCUGACCAAGUUACACUUAGUACUUGUUUUCGAUUCAGCGUCUGUUAUGCUUUCUUUGCUAGAGCAAAAGCGGAUAGACUGGAAAUCGAAAUUUUCUCAUCUGAAAACAGAGUUUGGAGGAAAGCAAUCUUAUUGACACCACAGUAUUUUGAUUAUAAUUAUGCUACGUUAAAAAACUGCUUUACGUACAAGGAGAUAUUGCAUUUUUACAGUGACUGUGCCAUUAUCGGUUUUGAUCCUUACAAGAUCAAUGAGGAUGGUGAAAUCCAUACCCAUUUCAUUCAGAUGCCCCCAUUUGACGCCACUGCAAACCGCGGUGUGUGCAUUGGAGUUUUUGGAGGGAAAAUACUUGUUGCAGAAUUAUGUGCACGCUACGUACAUCCAAGACAAUUGAUCAAUACAGCACAGGUUAGUAAUAUCAGUAUUAUUGAACCAGCAAGUAGUGCGUAUGGCAUAAAGGUUUGGGAGCUUAACAACUAUAGCACUGGUGAAUGGUCCAUGAAGCAUAUGAUUUAUUUUCAUGAAUUGGUUUCACCAGACUCUCUCCUCACUCAAUAUACUAUGCGAGGAUGUCCCAACUCGGAGGUUCUAUUUUUCCAUCCAAACGAUGCUGAUACUGUGUUGUUGAGGCUUCCGAAACUAGUUGCUGAAUGUAACUUGAAGGAUAAAACGAUAAAACGAGUUUGUAACUUUAGUAAACAACUUCAGAAGGUAUAUGGUGUUGCUUUCCCGUGGUGGCCGUCACCACUUCCGUCAAUUAUGUAGUGGAGUACUACGUAUUACAACAUUGGCACACGGUUUAAGGAAGAGAAUAGAGAAGAUAUACAUUUUAUUGUUCUCUUUGGUGCCAAUGGAAGCACGCAAGUUAUUGUUUGUUUUUCUGUUUAUGGUGUUAAUGUUGAAUUCCUGAAUCAACCUUUUAUUACUACGUACUUAUAUUAGGUAUUAACAAGCCCUUUUAUGGCUCA